CUCUGUGGGUCCCGCCCGCCUCCUCUGUAUUCUGAUUAGGUUUUUCCUCUCUUUCUAAAGUGAAUUCAUUACUUCUUUCUGCAAUUGAAGGAAGAGGGAGGGGAAUUCAUCAACGAAGCCAUGACAGACUACAAGCAGGAGCAGGACAUGGAAAUCGAAGCCUUGGAAGCAAUCCUUAUGGAUGAGUUCAAAGAAAUUCAUUCAAGCGAAAGUGGUCUGAAUACUUCGAAUCGUUGUUUUGAGAUAACCAUCAGUCCCCAGGACGAUGAGGUAGAUGAUUCAAAUGUCCCGUCAGUACGGCUGGCCUUGAUUUUCUCACACACAGAAAAUUAUCCUGAUGAACCUCCGCUUCUCAAUCUUAAAAGUUUGAAAGGAAUUCACACAUCAGAUCUUAGAGCUCUCAAGGAAAAGCUUGAACAAGAGGCAGCAGAAAAUCUUGGUAUGGCAAUGGUUUACACUUUGGUUACAUCAGCUCAGGAAUGGCUCUCUGAAAGAUUCGCCCAAGAUGCUGGGGAUGAUGAUGAUGAGGAAGAUGAGGCAGCAAAAGACGAGGUUAUUAUACCACAUGGAGAACCUGUUACUGUUGACUCAUUUUUGGCAUGGCGUGAGAGAAUUGAAGCAGAAUUAGCUCUUGAAAGAGCCAAGCUAAUGCCGGAUUCUGCACUUUCUGCUCCAAAGGAGAAAAGACUUUCCGGCAGGCAGUGGUUUGAAAGUGGAAGGGCUUCCGCGAAAGGUGCUGCAGCUGCUGCUGAAGACGAUGAAGAAAUCGACGAAGAUAUUGACUUUGAUGAUGACGAUUUCGAAGUUGAUGAGGAUGACAUGAUCGAGCACUACUUAACUGAACAAAUAGCAUCUUAAAGACGAUUCGAUGGGCGUGAAAUGGUUUUGCUUCUUUAGCACACUAAACGCUAAACCAAAUACUCCACAGAUGGUUUAAGCCUUGGUAAGACCGCACAAUUAUACUCGUCUGGAAUCAAAGCCCUACACGACUUGGUACGCGAAGCGAGUGAAUUCUUUCUGCGAAUUGAGUUGGAGGCUUUCGAUUGCAUUAUAGAACUAUGUAUCAACAAAUUUUGUGAGGCCCUACUAGUGUUGAAACCUUGAAUUUGUAACAUCUGUAUCAAGGUGUUCAUAUUACUAGUAUAUUUGAUUUUGCUCUCUAUUGCAUCAUCAGUUUAUUUGAUAAGUAGUAAAUGUACUAUACUUUGUUAUU